AAUUAGAUUAGAGAAUGUGAUUGACAAUAAACAAUUUGAAUUGUUUCAAAUUUUAUUUUGUGCGUGGUUUUUAUGAACUGUUUGCUGAAAUAACAAUGAAUAUUAUGUGUAUCAUAUAAAGUAAAUUAUGAAAUAAUAAACAUAACAUUUUUUAUGGGUUCAGCAUCAUAAACACCAGUGUACGUAACGGACAUAUAGGUCCAUACCUUGGACUCAUACGAAGUUGGGUUAUAAUCGGCAGGUUCAUAUAAAUUGUUGAUAGUUUUUUUUUCACGAGUUACAACGGUCACAUCCGUAAUGGAGUCUACGGUAUCUGUUUCAAAGGGUGUGUUUCUAUUUCCUAAUGGUUUUAAAAAAGUUAAAAGUAGCAAAAAGAAGCCAGAAUCUGUAUUUUUCGAGAAACUAUUUGAAGAGGAGUCCUGGUAUGUUGUAUACAAAAGGAAUUGGGAUUUAAUUGAAAAUGUGCUGCAAGACCUCCAUCACAGAACUUACAGUGUGUUGUUAAAUGAUAUAGUGAAUUAUAUAAAGGAAUUCUCUGGGAGAAAUGAAUUUUCUUUGGAUGGUAUUAUUCCGAGUGCUACCCUUUUAACUGGUGUCAACCAGCCAGACCAUGCAUCACAAUUCACAGCUUUACUUAAUAUUAUCAGGGAAGAAAUCACACCUCAUGUUGCUAUCAUAAAUGCCCAAGACGCGCCUUCUGUUAAACAUUUAGUAGAAAAUGCUGUUCGGCAGCUGAUUUGUGAGCAAUCCCAAAUUGACUCAUCAGAUUGUGACGAUUUCAAUGUAAAAAGUAAAACCAAAUUAAAAAGGGGUCAGUAUACUAUGAGGGCUUUAAAAAAUUGGUAUUGCUCAAAAUAUGUUAAUGUGUCACCAAAGAAGAAUAAACACAGAGUACCACCAAACACUUUAGUAAUAGUUAUGCCUGAUUUUGAGAGCUUUAAUUGCAAUGUAUUACAAGAUUUUAUAAUGAUUGUAAGUUCCUAUACAUCAUGUUUACCCAUAGUUAUUGUAUUUGGCGUGGCAACAUCAGUGUCUGCAUUACACAAAUCCUUUCCUUACCACAUCUCAUCAAAACUAUUAAUUAAAGUAUUUCAUUCACAUUCUUCGCCAGUUUAUAUGAAUCAGGUGCUGGAUGAAAUAUUUUUGACUCACACAAGCCCCUUUCACUUAUCUGGAAAAGCGUUCGAACUAUUAACAGAUGUGUUUCUUUUUUAUGAUUUUUCUGUUACUGGUCUCAUACAGAGUAUAAAGUAUUGUAUGAUGGAUCAUUAUUAUGGAGAUAAUAUGAAGUCACUAUGCUGCCAGCCAGACAUGUUAGAGGAAACGAUUUUAAAUCUCAGCAAGGAAGAUCUCGAGAGCAUACGACAGUUAAUGUCUUUUAGGCCGUUUUUGGAGCAGCAAGAUUGUAGAGCAAAAAUAAGUUUGUUUGAAGAUGAUAAUUACUUCAGAGAUGUGUUGUACAAACAAAUGAAUAGGCUUUAUGAUUACUUAUACAGUUUCUACUUGUGUGUUAGAUUGUUACACGCAUUUGUGCAAGAUAUUCCUAAAAAUUUACUCGGAAAGACGGUACGUGAAAUCUACACAAAGUGUGCUGUUCAAGAUAUAGUGGAGACAACAGCGUUUAAAGAAUGCAUGCAGUUACUGAAUUUUCAAUCGCAAAUGAAACUUGUGGAAACUAUAAAAAAUGGCUUAAAAGUUGUGAAUACUUCACUGCAAAAUGUUUCACCAGUAAAACCAUUGCAAGUUACGCCAAAGAAAAACAACAUGGAAGAUGUGAUUGUAAACAACCAUUUAGGAGAAGGUUUCGUGAAAAAUGUUAGAGUACAUUUGCUUAUGUUUCUGAGGCAAAUUGAGAAAGCCAAUACUGAAGCAACUAUUAUUACAAACUCUAUGGAAACCGAUGAUGAUGUAGAAAAUGUUCCUGGCAAUAGAUAUAAACUUAAAGAGAAACUGCUAAAAGCAACGCGUGUUGACAGAGUACAGUCUGAAUUUGAAAUGGUUCGAUUAAGGUUCGUAAGUUACUUAGAAGAGGUUUUCGCGAAAGGAUUGCAACCGCCGCACACGCAGACUUUCUACGAGAUAUUGUUCUUUAAUGACGUGUCGAAUGUCAAGAAACAGAUCGUCGGGUCCCCCCGCGGAGCGUUGCACACAGCGUUGAGCAACCCUGCACAUUAUUUACAGUGUACGUGCUGUCAGCUGGCGUCGUCGGAGAGCGUGGUGGGUUCGUUGCCGGACUUGUGCCUCGCGUACAAACUGCACCGCGAGUGUGGCAAGCACAUCAACCUGUACGACUGGCUGCAAGCCUUCGCCGCCGUGCUCCGACCCGACGACGAUGAAGACAGGCACCAACACCCCGUGGUCCAGUCGCGUUUUACGCGGGCAGUGGCAGAGCUACAGUUUCUCGGCUUUAUAAAAUCAUCCAAACGGAAGACAGAUCACGUGAUGCGUUUAACGUGGUGAUUGUUGUAUGCCUUUAAUUUAUUAAUUUAUUGCAUUUUAUUAAACAUUUUGUUACAUUGGAA